CUUUCUUUGAAACCAUGUCAUGGGUGAGGCAGGUGCCUGGGACCGUCCCUUGCAGCCUUACUUGGCAACUGGGUUCUCGUGUCCCAUUCUCAUUGAUGUGGCGUCCAUGUAUGUCACGAGCGCUAGGGCCCACGAGGCAGGGGUGCCUGGGCUCUGUCCCCCGAGCAUGGGGCUUAUGCACAGGGCACUGAGGGUCCCUUGGUCUCUGCCUCCUGCCCGUGGUCAUCGGCCUGUCACCCACACAUGUCUGUUCUCAUUGUUCCGUGACAAUGAAAAGAGUUUGUGUCAUUUUGUGGUGUGGAAUCAAAGCUCCAUUUUACAAGAAACUAAACUUUAUACCAUGACUGGUUCCUUAAAUCAUGAAUCAUCACAGAAAAAGAUAAUUCCAUCGAGCAGACUGGGUUGGGCUGUCAGCACGUUUGGCCACCUGUUACGGCCACUAACCAGGCAGCCCUCACUCAGCCGCACCCUCACUACGCUCGGAGGCUGCUCGGCUGAACUGGUGGUCGCCGAGGUGACGCUCUGGGUAACCCAGGGCACCGUGCCUACCUGUGCUGGUAGGUGAGUGUGAGUUGGGUUGAGACACUGGUGAGAACCUGCAGGCCACGGCUGUGGUCCUGGAGGUCCCCCAGUGGCCACCAGCUGAGGUUCUCUGAACCCUGGGUUGGAGCUGCCUUCAGUUCCUCCCUCUGGCCCAGGGACAGAAGAGCGCUGAGCUGCCUCCUUGCUCUGCCAGGCCCUGGGGGUGCCGGGCGUUGCCAAAGCUGGCGGGUGGUGGGUGAUGUGGGGACAGGGCAGCUGCCCCUUUCCCAGGGGCUGAGGUGUCCCCGGCUAAGAGCCAGAGGACUGUGCAGAGGGCUUGGCCCCCACUUAUCACCCAAGGUCCCUGGAUAGCAGGGAGGGUGGCCCUCAGGCCUUGGGGCUGGGCGGGGCCUGGGGACACAGGGGACAUAAAAGGGGCCCCUCAGCUGCAGGCCCUACACCUCCCUGGCUGUUGCACAAUGGUGUUUCUUUGGCUCCUCUCCUGCUUUGCCCUUGUGGGGGCCGCCUUUGGCUGCGGGGUCCCCGCCAUCAGCCCCGUGCUCACUGGCCUGUCCAGGAUCGUCAAUGGGGAGGACGCCGUCCCCGGCUCCUGGCCCUGGCAGGUGUCCCUGCAGGACAAGACCGGCUUCCACUUCUGCGGGGGCUCCCUCAUCAGCGAGGACUGGGUGGUCACCGCCGCCCACUGCGGGGUCAAGACCACGGACCAGGUUGUGGCCGGGGAGUUUGACCAGGGCUCUGACGAGGAGAACAUCCAGGUCCUGAAGAUCGCCAAGGUGCGCCGGGCGGCGGCUCAGCCCAGGGGCCGGGCGGGCAGGAGGGACAGGAGCCCCCGGGUGCUGGGGCCGGCCUGGGGGCCCCCUCUGGCUCCGAGGCCGUUCCCUCCAGGAAGGACCGCCCCCUCCCAUCCUGCAGCCAACAAGACCCCCGACAAGCUGCAGCAGGCCGCCCUGCCCCUCGUGUCCAACGCCGACUGCAAGAAGUUCUGGGGCAGCAAGAUCACCGACGUGAUGGUCUGCGCCGGGGCCAGCGGCGUCUCCUCCUGCAUGGGUGACUCUGGCGGCCCCCUGGUCUGCCAGAAGGAUGGAGCCUGGAACCUGGUGGGCAUCGUGUCCUGGGGCAGCGGCACCUGCUCCACCUCCUCGCCCGCCGUGUACGCCCGCGUCACUGCGCUUCUGCCCUGGGUUGAGGAGAUCCUGGCCGCCAACUGAGCCCCAGGCUCCUGCUGCCCCCACCCCAAGAAUACUCAUUAAACGCAUGUGUUCAAAA